CAGCAGACGCCGGGCACUUCCCUCCCCUGCUCCGAGCAGCCUAACUUGGGUUCUGCACAACUCCGGUCGCUCUGAGGAGUGAAUCAGCCUGCACAUGCGUGGACCGGACUGAGGGCUGCUGCUCAGAGCAAGGGCCGUGGCUCCCGGGCCGAGGACCGAGAGGGCCGGCCCCUGUGCGAGCAGCCACUCGCCGACCCGCCGCCGGCCUGGCCCGAGCGCACCACUCAGGUUUUACUGGAGGACAGCCAGGGUCGACGUCACCGGUGUGCGCUCCAGGGUCACGUCCACACCACAGGCCAGAGUGAGGUCAUAGCGGACUGAGCAGUUAAAGCAGAGACCUAAGACCAGCCAGUUUUUCCUCAUCGAGCUGGAGCAGACGUCCAACCAGGAGAGACUCACUCCAGCUCUGGCCACAGGCUACCUUCUACAUCCUGGUCCCAGGGAACUGAAGGAGAGAGGACAUGCUGCAACCAGAACAGUCCUGGAGCUGGCUGGCCGUGGCCAUCGGAGUGCUUCUCGCUGCGAAGCCCUCGGCUGGCAGAGAUUUGUUUGGCUCCCGUCCGAGCAUCCUUCUUCUGAUGGCGGACGAUCUCGGCAUUGGAGACGUCGGCUGCUACGGGAACACCACCAUAAGGACUCCAAACAUUGACCGCCUGGCCGAGGACGGAGUGGUGCUCAGGCAGCACCUCGCUGCCGCUUCCGUGUGCACCCCGAGCAGGGCUGCGUUCCUGACGGGGAGGUACCCUCUGCGCUCAGGUAUGGUUUCCAGCAACGGUUACCGUGUUCUUCAGUGGACGGGAGUCUCUGGGGGCCUUCCUGCAAAUGAGACGACUUUUGCAAAAAUAUUGAAAGAUAAAGGCUAUGCCACUGGACUCAUAGGAAAGUGGCAUCUGGGGCUCAACUGCGAGUCCCCCAGCGACCACUGCCACCACCCGCUCAAGCACGGCUUUGACCAUUUCUACGGAACGCCGUUGUCCCUGAUGGGCGACUGCGCGCGCUGGGAGCUGUCGGAGAAGCGCGCGGCCCUGGAGCGCCCGCUGCGCCUGGGCGCCCGCGCCUUCGCCGCCGCCGCCGCCGCGCUCGCGCUCGCGGCCGGGAGGCUGGGCGGCCUGACCGCGCGCUCCUGGGCCCCGGCCGCCUGGGCCGCCGCCGCCGCGGCCGCCGGGCUCGGCGCCGCGUCGCGCUGCCUGGGCGCCCUGAUUGUGCACGCGGACUGCCUCCUCAUGCGCAACCGCAGCGUCGCGCAGCAGCCGAUGCGCUUCCAGCGGACGGCGGCGCUGAUGCUGCGGGAGGUCUCGGCCUUCGUCCGCAGAAACAAGCAAGGACCUUUCCUCCUCUUCGUGUCCUUCCUGCACGUUCACACGCCUCUGAUCACCACCGAGAACUUCCGAGGGAGGAGCCGCCACGGGCUGUACGGAGACAACGUGGAAGAGAUGGACUGGAUGGUGGGGCAGAUACUUGAUACUUUGGACGCAGAAGGACUGGCCAACAGCACCCUUGUUUACUUUACAUCGGAUCAUGGGGGGUCCUUAGAGGCUCAGUUUGAAAACCACCAAUAUGGCGGCUGGAAUGGGAUAUAUAAAGGUGGCAAAGGCAUGGGUGGCUGGGAAGGCGGGAUCCGCGUCCCGGGGAUCUUCCGGUGGCCCGGGGUGCUGCCGGCCGGCCGAGUGGUCCACGAGCCCACCAGCCUGAUGGACGUCUUCCCCACCGUGGUCCAGCUGGGGGGCGGCCAGGUGCCCCAGGACAGGGUGAUCGACGGCCGGGACCUGCUGCCCUUGCUCCUGGGGACGGUCCAGCACUCGGAGCAGGAGUUCCUGAUGCAUUACUGCGAACAGUCUCUGCACGCAGCCCGGUGGCACCAACGGGACAGAGGAGCAGUGUGGAAAGUCCACUACGUGACCCCCGUAUUCCACCCGGACGGAGCCGGCGCCUGCUACGGGAGAGGGGUCUGCCCGUGUUCCGGGGAGAAAGUAGCCCAUCAUGACCCACCUUUGCUCUUUGACCUCUCGAGAGACCCUUCCGAGGCCCACGCCCUCACGCCGGACACGGAGCCUUUGUUCCAUCAGGUGAUGGAGCGAGUCGCCCGGGCUGUGGAGGACCAUCGCCGGACACUCAGCCCAGUUCUGCUGCAGCUGGACACGCCGGACAACACCUGGAAGCCGUGGCUCCAGCCCUGCUGUGGCCCGUUCCCCUUCUGCUGGUGCGAUCGGGAGGCAGACCCAGGGUAACGCCCGCCCGGGGAAAGCUGGGUCCCCGGCCCCUGGAGCUCUUCACUGGCGUUACAAUAAAACAUCACCGUCA